AUGAGUAGCAAGCUUUGGGAAUUUUUCCUGCGCGAUGACGUCGAGAACUUCCAGCGGUUCCUGGCGACCGCCAGCUACACGUCGGGCGGCCAGCGGACUCCGGGUGCUGGAGGUACUUCUUCGUUCAAGAUCGGGGCAUCCGGAGCCUUAACGCCCUCCUCCCCUGGCGUCUCUGUUAGAUCCAAGAAGCUCACCGGCACCUCUCCCGGUACUCCCACCCCCGAGCGAGGCGGCAGUUCGCGACCGAGCAAGACUUUGUCUCGAGAGGAAUUGAAUGCACGGGACCAGCAUGGCCGGACUCUCCUCCACCAUGUGGUGUCAUCCACCAAACCUUCGAGUGCUGAGUUUGCUGCCUCGCUUCUCGAGGUGCCGUUUCUGGAUAUAUAUGCACAAGAUUGGGAGAGUGGGUGGACUGCACUGCACCGGGCCUUGUAUGCGGGGAACGUCACGAUCGCCCAGGCGUUGAUAGCCCGGGACAUGCGCGAUGCAACGGACUUCAGUAAACAGGGCACCUCGGCUCAGGCUGGAGGCUUGAUCAAGAUCAAGGAUCGGGAGGGGAACAGCCCUUUUGACGUUUAUGGCGCCACGAUCACAUCCCGCGACAUCAAGCAGACCGUGACGUCCCCCACCCAGGACUCCAUAUUUGUGGACGUGGAUCAUAGCGAUGUGGCGUCUACUACGUCUUCCGAGGUAGACGAUUCGGACGACGACGGCCACAUUGGAAGAGGCCUUUUGAAGCCGCGGACAAAUUUACUCGCUGAUGAAGUGUUUACCUUUGGAAGCAACAAGAACUUGAAUCUUGGCGUGGGUGACCAGGAUGAUCGCCAAUUUCCAGAGAGAAUCGCUUUGACACGCCCACAGCAUCUCUUGCAGCGAUUCUAUCGGGAUUACCAAAAGAGAAAGCUGGGUGGCAACGGCUUGGAUUCGCACCAUGAGCAGAACCAUCCCAACGGUUUGCCCGCCUUGAUCAAGAACAAGUCCAUCAAAAUCCAAGAUAUUGCCAUGUCAAAGCUUCACACGGCCAUUCUUACAAAUGACCCUGAGUCCAACCUUUUCUUGUGCGGAUUCGGACCGGGAGGACGAUUAGGCACUGGCGAUGAGUCGACCAGAUUUGGUUUUGUCUGUAUCGAGACAGGGGGGCUAGCUAAUCGAAAAAUUGUGGCUGUGGCCCUUGGACAAGACCAUACUCUUGCAAUCACUGAUCAUGGGGGUGUCUUCAGUUGGGGAAGCAACAAAUGGGGCCAAUUAGGCUACGGUCUUCCCAGGACCAACAACAAAGACGACGUGCCGAUUCAGGACUCCCCUCGCCAGAUCUUCAACCCGUUCAAGAAGGAGAUCAUACUCGGUGCAGCCGCCUCGUCGAUUCAUUCAGUUGUCUUCAGUCAUGCGGGUCUUUACACAUUUGGUAAAAAUGAGGGUCAACUGGGACUUGUCGAUUCGGAUGCCCGAUCGCUCGAAACCCAAACAACCCCACGGCGUGUCGGUGCCUCGCUAUUCAGCGCGGUCAUUCAAAGCGUGUCUGCUAUCGAUCAAGCCACAGCUGUUCUCCUGCAAAACCAUGAAGUCUGGGUGUUCUCUCAGUAUGGCUAUUCAAGGCUCUCUUUUCCCUUGGAUGUCAGCUCCAGUUUUAUCAGGAACAGUUUCAUGACCACUCGUUACGAUACAUCUGUCAACCACAUCGCCAAAAUCAGAUCCGGUGGCGAUACUAUCUGUGCCUUGUCUAGCUCCGGUGAUGUUUUUACCGUCCAAAUUAACAAAACGGAGAACCUACCAGCGUUAACAUCGACAACGAAUCCAGCCAAGAUUCGUAACUCGCUGUCGCAUCCGUCUCGCGUAUGGUCUGUUAAAAAGGCCCAUAUGGCCGUCAGGGAUGUCGAUGUUGGACAGGAUGGUUCCAUAAUCAUCUGCACGGCCAACGGCUCGGCAUGGCGUAAAGAAAAACGUCGAAAAGCAAAGGAUGGAUCGUCGAAGGAGUACAAGUUCGCUCGUGUACCUGGGCUCUCCCGAGUCGUGGGAGUGUGUAGUAAUGCGUUUGGCGCCUAUGUAGUCGCUCAGCGUGACUGCGACGUGACAAGAGAACAAAUCAACAUCGACCCAACUACCUUGUCGAAUGAUCUGUUGCCGAUAUCUCCGUUCAGCUCAUUUAUAUCGGCAACCGAUGAAAUCGAUCUGGGUAGUGCCGAGAGCAGUCUAUUGGACUUGGAGCCGGUCAUGUCAAUCAAGGCAGCCGUUAUGUCGGUAUCGGAUAUUGAAGCUUUCGCUCGGCCACUCCAACAUGAGAAUUCGCCGGGAAUGGUUUCGCUCAAAACCACCCUUUCGGAUGUGCAAAUACCCGUGCACGAGUUCAUCCUAUCAGGGCGCAGUCCCGUCUGGAGGAAAGCAUUCCAUGAGUUUCGGCUCGCAGGUUUCUUUUCCAUUCCGGACGUUCUAGAUGUGCGGCAUGACAAUGGGCACACCCAAAUUCUCUUCCAUGGCAUUGACAUUCUGACGGUCUUGAAUGUCGUGUUCUUCUCAUACACGGACGCUGCGUUAGAUGUUUGGCAACAGGCUCGACACACACCGCAGAGCGCCUCCAGAUAUCGUCAAGUCCGGACUGAAUUGAUGCGCAUUGCUACGUGUUUAGAUCUACCGGCAUUGGAGCGAGCCACUCGGCUUAUGAUUGAACCUGCUAAAUCCUUGAAAAGCGACAUGGCACUUGCGAUACUUGACCCAACCUUUUUUGAAAGCGGCGACGUGAUCAUUGAGCUGAAAGGCGAUUCCUUGAAAGUUCAUAGCCAAAUCAUCUGCCAAAGAUGCCCCUUUUUUGACGCCUUGUUCAACGGUCGCUCCGGUGGUAGAUGGCUGGCAUCUCGCCGGGAAAACGGGACAGGACUCAUCAAUGUCGACCUUAAACAUAUCGAACGGCCCAUCUUCGAGUUUGUUCUUCGAUACAUGUAUGCCGAUAUCGAGGAGGAAUUGUUUGAUGAGGUGCGGACGAAGGAUCUUGAGGACUUUAUCGACCUUCUGCUCGAUGUUGCCUUUGUGGCCAAUGAAUUGAUGAUUGAUCGACUGGCGCAAAUAUGCCAGAAGGUGCUUGGUAGAUUCGUGAACACGCGCAACGUGUGUCAUUUCCUCAACUCCGUUGCCCCCUGCUUUGUGCCCGAAUUCAAAGAUGCCGCGCUGGAAUAUAUUUGUCUCAAUCUGGAGGAUCUCCUAGCAAAUAGGCAACAUUUGCUUCGUGCACUCGACCAUGUCUGUCACGAAAACCAAAUCACCAGCUAUCCCGUUUCCCGGGGGCGCAAUUCAGAGGAGUUCGUCUUCGAAAAGUAUCCGGAGCUUGCCUCUGAGAUAGAAAGCGAUAGGCGCCGACGAAUUGAUUCCAUGCGGAUCAGGUCCCAUAUUAAUCGGAUCGAAGCCCUGGAAGGCAAAUUGCGAGCAAUGAACAUAGAGAAGACAGCCGAAUCACCAUUAGCACAAAAGACAAAACCUUCUCAAUCCGGAGACAACCUUGCUAUUGCCGCCCAAAGUCCUGCUCUGAAACCCAAGCAGUCAAGCAAUGAUCUCAUGUUUCAAAUGGAUGAUGACAAUAUACUGUCACCAGGUGACUCGAUCAAAGGAAAAGCAGCGGUGCGAGGCAUCCGCCAAUUUGAUGCAAAUGAGGGCCGCUCACGCUUCGACUCGCCGACUUCGCGAGCUGGGAUGGUGGAUACAGAGUCAUUUGGCGAUCAGAACUACCUGGAUGGUCAAAUGGCUUCUUCGCAAGAUACAGCUCUCGGCGAGUCCCCAACUGAAUAUCGAGCUGCCGCCGUUAAGGAUAAAAGGAAUGGAUCUUUCCAAGGCGCUUGGACUUCGUCGGAUCUCGCGACCUCGAAGAAGAAUCUCAAGGACAUCAUGAGCGAGGUUUCCGAAACCCGGGUGUCCAAUUUGAGCCUAGGCAUGUCCGAUCGCCGAGAAAACAGUAGCAACUUUAUCCCCAAAAUAUCGCAGAAAGAACGCAAGAAGAUCCAACAGCAGCAGAUGCAGGACAUGUUUGCUGCGCAGCAAAAAGCCAAAGAAGCACCCCAGAACCCCUGGAAGCUACCUGACCCGAACAAGACCCCAAGCAAAUCGUCGCCUUUCGCCAGCGUUAAUGAAGAGGAAAGCCCAGUCUCCGAGGCAGCCAAGUCAGCUCAGAAGCCCUCGAUGACACUUCGCCAAACGGUUGCUGGAACACCGCCACCCCCGAGAGCUAGCCCCGGGGCAACAAGGCCGGUUCAGAUUCAAGGCCGCAGCGCGUCUACCAGCUCUGGUCCGCCACCGAGAUCAUCAGUCUCUGGUCCUUCAGCGGCACAACCCCCCUCGUCCUAUCCGAAUCCAUCCGCCAAUCCCCAGCGUGCUCCCCAGUCAAUCCGACACAUUCCGCGUCCCGAGCCAUACAAAAAGAGCUUCCACUCCGACUCGCCCAAUUCAAUGUCGUUAUCCGCCAUCCUCAUGCAACAGCAGACCGAGAAGGACGAGAUCCGAGAAGCCGCCACUGCCAAACACAAUCUGGAAGACAUCCAAGCCGAGCAACAAUUCCAAGAAUGGUGGGACAAGGAAAGUCGCCGAAUCCAAGGUCUCCCUGACCCAGAAGAGCUUGCCCCUCAACAAGAAGGUGAAACUCGCGGCUGUGGAUCAGGCCGAGGAGGAAGAGGAGACCGAAGUAAAGGGUCAUCCGGACAACAACGCAAGAAACGCGGAAAGCCGACCCCUACACCGCAUCCCCCAUCUUCGACUCCUGCAGGAACUUCCAGUCCUGGUGUCUCUGCCUUAUCUCAACAGCUCCCGCGCAACCCUAAACCCGAUGGACCUGCGUCUCAGAAACAAAAACCCCCUUCUGGACCCCGUCGAGAGAAACAGCCUCGUUCGGCGUCAUCUGGUGGGAAAGAAAUUACUUCUGCUACCCCUACUGCCCCUGUUGCCGCUAUGGGCAACCGUCCCCGUCGUGGUGGUAGAGGCGGCGGUGGCGGCCGAGGUCGAGGCAAGGACCGCGGAGAAAGACAUCAUAAUGCCCAACCUGCUCCUACUCCUACUCCUACAACUACCUAG